AGCGGAGGCUUCAGCGCCAGACAAAUGCGAGUUUGUGUACAACUCAACCACGUGCUGGUGGGAGAGUCACCAUCUCUGAGCAGACCUGUGACUCCUGUUCCAAAUGGACGAGGAACCACUGCGAUGAUGUGUUAGGACUCCCAGCCUGCCAGAACCUCACAGCCCCUAGCCCUUCACAGCAAAGUCGACCGCAGUGAGCAUUCCAUCCACCAGUCAGAACACCCUGGACGCUGAGCGGCCUUCUCUGAGAGCCUGGUGCCUUUGAUAGCCCUGGGUGACUCCUGUGAUCCCAGCCACCAGGUUGUCACUAUAGACCUAAUUUAACCAUCUGUCCUCAGUACCGAGGGCUCAACAUUUGGAAUGGGAGGUGGUUCUGGGAGCCAAUUAGAGGCCAGGCUUUGGGAGGUGGCAGAGGUGAGAGUCUCACACCUGGGCUCUGUCUGAUAAGUCUAGGUCUCGGUCAGGGGACCUUGGCCUAAAGGGCCUGUCUUGCCUGGAGCGUGGGAGGGGGCUGAGUCUACACAGCUGGCCUGGCCUCAGGCCUGGAGCUUUAGCUCAAGGACGAGAAGACCCAUAAAGCCAGACCCAGCUCCCAACCUCACAUCUGCCACGAUGUUGCUGCUCAGCCUGACCCUAAGCCUGGUUCUCCUCGGCUCCUCCUGGGGCUGCGGCAUUCCUGCCAUCAAACCGGCACUGAGCUUCAGCCAGAGGAUUGUCAACGGGGAGAAUGCAGUGUCGGGCUCCUGGCCCUGGCAGGUGUCCCUGCAGGACAGCAGCGGCUUCCACUUCUGCGGUGGUUCUCUCAUCAGCCAGUCCUGGGUGGUCACUGCUGCCCACUGCAAUGUCAGCCCUGGCCGCCAUUUUGUUGUCCUGGGCGAGUAUGACCGAUCAUCAAACGCAGAGCCCUUGCAGGUUCUGUCCAUCUCUCGGGCCAUUACACACCCUAGCUGGAACUCUACCACCAUGAACAAUGACGUGACGCUGCUGAAGGUCGCCUCGCCAGCCCAGUACACAACACGCAUCUCGCCAGUUUGCCUGGCAUCCUCAAACGAGGCUCUGACUGAAGGCCUCACGUGUGUCACCACCGGCUGGGGUCGCCUCAGUGGCGUGGGCAAUGUGACACCAGCACGUCUGCAGCAGGUGGCUUUGCCCCUGGUCACUGUGAAUCAGUGCCGGCAGUACUGGGGCUCAAGUAUCACUGACUCCAUGAUCUGUGCAGGUGGCGCAGGUGCCUCCUCGUGCCAGGGUGACUCCGGAGGCCCUCUUGUCUGCCAGAAGGGAAACACAUGGGUGCUUAUUGGUAUUGUCUCCUGGGGCACCAAAAACUGCAAUGUGCGCGCACCUGCUGUCUAUACUCGAGUUAGCAAGUUCAGCACCUGGAUCAACCAGGUCAUAGCCUACAACUGAGCUCACCACAGGCCCCUCCCCAGCUCAACCCAUUAAAGACCCAGGCCCUGUC